CGACAGGACAACACUAGGAGUAGAUAAGUACGAGUUCCGACAAUGAUUUUGCUAUUUCAUUUCUUCACUAUUAUUUUUGAGUAAAUUAUUCACAAGAAAUUCGCGUAAAACAAUGUCCAGAGAUCUUAUAGUUCUUGCUCCAAAUGGUAGGAGGCAGAAAGUGCAUUGUACACCCGAUACCAGUAUUUUACAGAUUUUGGAAGAUGUUUGUAUCAAACAAGGUUAUCAACCAACAGAUUAUGAUUUGAAACAUCACAACCAUGUUCUUGACUUGACAACUACAAUACGAUUUUCUAAUCUUCCUAAUAAAGCAACUCUUGAAAUGGUUGAGGCAGACAGGAGAAGAGAGGAAUCAAAUGUGACAAUUUGUUUAUUAUUAGCAGAUGGAGAAAGAAGAACUGCUGACUACUGUCCGAAUAUUUCACUCCAUGAUUUAUUGACAUCACUAGCUCCAAAUGAAUACACAUCUUUUAAUAAUCCAACAAUACUCUAUAUGCGACAGGAAGUAACUGGUGAACCUGCCCUCCGUCAAAAAACUCUGAGACAUUUGGGACUUAUCAGUGGGAGAGCUAUACUGAGAUUGUUAAAUAAAGAUGAAGAAGCAAGACAAGCAAAUGUAUCUGCAAUUUACCGGUGUCCACUUCCUGCACAAGUCAAUACACAAUGCUCAAAUAUUAAUAAGGAUGAAAGUCAAAAGAACAUUUGUCCAACACAACUUCCAAGUACAAGUACUGCAGAAAGCUGUGUACCAGGGCCAUCUGAAGUAAAAAAGAGCUUCGAGCACAAAAUAUUUGAUCCUAUAAAGCAUAUAAAAAAUGUAAAGAAAUCUGUACCUAAUCCAAACGAAGGCAAGCAAGGUCAUCAGAAUGAAAACAAUUUAAACAAUGAAUCACCAAUGGAAAUAGAAGAAAGUCAGAUAUUACCAAGUAAUGUUUCAAACACACCAUCACAAUCUUCACUUAGUACACAAGAAAAUCUUGAAAGGCGUUUACGAAUUGAGGAGGAAGUAACAUUUUUGGGUGCCCAGAAAGCCAUAGCUUUUGUGCAACCAGAUGUAACAGAAGAAGAAUUUGGUGAUCUUCCUGAUGAUUUUUAUGACCUUACUAUUGAAGAAGUGCGAAAACUUUAUCAUGAAUUACAAAAAAAUAGAAUGGAAUUAGAAAAUACUCCACUUAUACCAGCCAGUAAAAAAGAGGAAAUGGAUAAGCAGUCAACACAACAACAGCUGAAUAACUACAAAAAUGCGGUAGUCAGAGUGCAAUUUCCAGACCGUAUCAUACUGCAGGGAGUUUUUUCACCAAAUGAUAAAAUAGCUGAUGUAAUAACAUUUAUAAAAAGUCAUUUGGAAUAUCCAGAGAAACCAUUUCACAUUUUUACAACCCCUUUAAAAGAGACUAUGGACCCUGAUAUGACUCUUUUCGAUGCCAAAUGUGUUCCUUGUGUUCACAUGCACUUUAAAUGGGCAGAGGAUGAUGGUAAGCCUUACCUCAGAGAAGAAAUAUAUGCCAAGCAGACAUCAAGUUCCGCUGCUAGUUUACUCGCAUCAAAAUACAGGGCACCGAGUAGAAAUGUAGGAGAAAGUUCAGGUAACUGUAAGAAAAAAACAAGUGCAGCGUCAUCAUCAAAAAAUAAAGUACCGAAAUGGUUUAAAUGAUACUAAACAUGGGGGUUUAUCUAGAAACAUAAUAUAUCAUUUAUACAAUUUACAUUUGUUAAGUUGUGAAGAAUUUUAACCAAUAUAAUGUAGAGGAAAA